AUGCCGAACCAGAAGAGCAGCCGGGGCAAGAAGAACAGGCGCGCCAACAGCAGCGGCGACGAGCAGGAGAAUGGCGGCCUGGCCGCGGCGGGGGCGGCGGGCGAAGCACCUUGUGCAACUCCACUGAUAUGUAGCUUUGGACGGCCUGUUGACCUAGAAAAAGAUGACUAUCAGAAAGUGGUAUGCAACAAUGAACAUUGUCCCUAUAGCACUUGGAUGCACCUACAGUGUUUUUAUGAGUGGGAGAGCAGCAUUUUGGCCCAGUUUAACUGCAUUGGGAGAGCAAGAAGUUGGAACGAGAAACAGUGCAGACAAAACAUGUGGACCAAGAAGGGAUAUGAUCUUGCCUUUCGUUUUUGCUCCUGCCGGUGUGGACAGGGCCAUUUAAAGAAAGACACUGAUUGGUAUCAGGUAAAACGGAUGCAAGAUGAAAAGAAGAAAAAGUCUUUGUCCGAAAAGAGUACAGGAAGAUCAGCAUCAGAAUCCACAGAAGAUGUUAAAAAGUGCAGGCCUGCAAACAAGCCACAAAAAGGUUUAAAUCAUGAUAUCCAGCGACGGCAUUCAAUGGAUAGACAGAACUCUCAAGAGAAAAGCACCUCUAGUGGUAGUUAUGCAGUCCGUUCUCCCUGUGGUUCUCCUGGCCAGUCCCCUCCAGCUGGUUACUCUGUUCUUGCCCCCGCACACUUCAGUGGGCCCCGUUCUUCGCGAUAUUUAGGAGAAUUUUUGAAGAAUGCCGUACACCUAGAACCCCACAGGAAGAACAUAGCCAAUAGCGGCAUGUUUAGAAAUGCUCACUUUGAUUAUGGGACGUCUGGGUUACAAACACAUAGGUCAGGACAUUUUGAUGCCCCUGUACAGUUUUUGAGGAGGCUUGAUCUCUCUGAACUCCUUGCUCAUAUACCACGGCAUAAAUUGAACACUUUCCACGUUCGGAUGGAAGAUGAUGCCCAAGUGGGUCAAGGAGAAGAUCUGCGGAAAUUCAUCCUUGCAGCACUCAGUGCCAGUCAUCGAAAUGUUGUCAACUGUGCGUUAUGCCACAGGGCACUGCCAGUGUUUGAACAGUUUCCAUUGGUGGAUGGAACCCUGUUUCUUAGCCCAUCACGGCAUGAUGAAAUUGAAUAUGAUGUUCCCUGUCACCUUCAAGGAAGGCUUAUGCACCUCUACGCAGUUUGUGUAGACUGUUUGGAAGGGGUCCACAAAAUUAUCUGCAUAAAGUGCAAGUCUCGGUGGGAUGGAAGCUGGCAUCAACUAGGCACCAUGUACACUUACGAUAUAUUAGCCGCUUCUCCCUGUUGUCAGGCACGACUGAACUGUAAACACUGUGGGAAACCUGUUAUAGAUGUACGUAUUGGGAUGCAGUAUUUCUCAGAAUACAGCAACGUUCAACAGUGUCCGCACUGUGGAAACUUGGACUACCAUUUUGUGAAGCCAUUCUCUUCGUUUAAAGUUUUGGAGGCUUAUUGACAAAAGCUUUGCCAUAGUAAUAGCUAUUUUAUGAGUAUUGUUUCUUUAUUUUACAUAUCUUUUAUAAAAUCUGUUCUGUGAUGGGAGGGAGGGGAAAAAACUAUUUUUUAAUUGAAAGGAAGUGCAGCAGCUUUGUGUGUUUGUGUACAUGUGUUCCUAUGUAGAUGCAUGUCAUUAAGACCAUGGUCCUCUUGCCACAGUUUCAGUGAAGGCGGGGGUUGAGGCAGCCAA